GACUCCCACCCUCGUGACGUGGGGUGGUGUAGCUGGGACUGGUUUAAUAUGGCUCACAGACUGGAAGUUGGUCCUUCAAUAUGUUCCCUACAUCGGUGGCAAGUAUAACACUGAAGACUAA